AUGCGGUUCACUCCUGGCUACGGUGCCCUCUCUAGCGCUUCUGCUGGGCGCGCAGGGUGGCCUACAGCUCGCAACAAAGACUCGGACUUCGGCCGGCUCUCUACCAAGCGGACGCAGCGCCCUACACUGGAGGCUCACCUACUGUCUUCAGAGACCUCACGACCCAACCCACGUCCUGUGCCCGCUGCAGACCCAACUCGGCCCCUCGCCCUGCUCCCACCCAAUGCUUCCCUUCCUGACUCCGACCACAGAACUCGGUUGGCCGCGUCGCCCUCCUCGCCCGCACGCUGCCCGGUGUCCCCGCAGCACCACGAGCUGACCUCGCUCUUCGAGUGUCCGGUCUGCUUUGACUAUGUCCUGCCUCCUAUCCUGCAGUGCCAGGCCGGGCACCUGGUGUGUAACCAAUGCCGCCAGAAGUUGAGCUGCUGCCCGACGUGCAGGGGCGCCCUGACGCCCAGCAUCAGGAACCUGGCUAUGGAGAAGGUGGCCUCGGCAGUCCUGUUUCCCUGUAAGUAUGCCACCACGGGCUGUUCCCUGACCCUGCACCAUACGGAGAAACCAGAACAUGAAGACAUCUGUGAAUACCGUCCCUACUCCUGCCCUUGUCCUGGUGCCUCCUGCAAGUGGCAGGGGUCCCUGGAAGCUGUGAUGUCCCAUCUCAUGCAUGCCCACAAGAGCAUUACCACCCUCCAAGGAGAAGACAUCGUCUUUCUAGCUACAGACAUUAACUUGCCAGGGGCUGUCGACUGGGUGAUGAUGCAGUCAUGUUUUGGCCAUCACUUCAUGCUGGUGCUGGAGAAACAAGAGAAGUACGAAGGCCACCAGCAGUUUUUUGCCAUCGUCCUGCUCAUUGGCACCCGCAAGCAAGCUGAGAACUUUGCCUAUAGACUGGAGUUGAAUGGGAACCGGCGGAGAUUGACCUGGGAGGCCACACCCCGGUCGAUUCAUGACGGUGUGGCUGCGGCCAUCAUGAACAGCGACUGCCUUGUUUUCGACACAGCCAUAGCACACCUUUUUGCAGAUAAUGGGAACCUUGGAAUCAAUGUGACUAUUUCUACAUGUUGUCCAUGAUGUGACUUUCGUAAACCAUCAAAAUUAUUUGGGCAUAGUGCUCUAUGUUUAAUAAAGGUUUUUAUAGCUGUUUUAUUCCAUAUGUCUUCACAAGUCAGGACCCACAAUUACCCGUGUUUUGUUUGAACAGCAGUUUCCCAUCUGGCUUCAACCCAACAAAGUUCAUUAACCUGGGAUGAAUGGGGUUGGCCUGUUGGUAAUUUGGAGGCUGUUCUGUGAUCUAAAACACCUCUUAUUAAAUUGUAUUUACUCCCUAAACAACACUUGACAGGCUGUUGCACAGGGCUUCUAUAGAUCAGUGUGUCAGGAAUGGGAGGCCCCUUCCUGCCUGCCUUCGCGUAUUGGUCCCUUGACAUUGACAAAAGCACAGUGACUGUCAGCAGAUUCCUUUACUUUUGUUUGUGGGAUGUAGGAAUUGUUUUAAUGCAUUUUAAACAGUGUUUCUCAAAUAGGAUGGCUGGCUAAUAGACACUGAAUCACCCGGAGUGCUUAUCUUAAAAUUGCAGAUUUAGGGAGCCUGCCAAUUUAACAGUCUCAUCAGGUGAUUCUUUUCAGCAGUAAUGUUUGAGAAUUACUGGGUUAAAUUGUGGGAAAGGGUCCAGAUUUUAAAGGUGCUUUAAGGUUGCCCUCUGCCGAUACUGUUUGUCUUUCUACUGUUUCAUCCCCUAACCUCCCCCAACCCUCAAAUUAAAACUAGAACUAUAGAUCCACAUGCACACACGCCUGAGAUUUGGUCACUCACCUAUGUUUUGGGUGGAUUGCCUAGGAAAGCAAGUCAUAUGGCCAUUGAUAGUUCUCAUGUAAUUAGUUUUGCUCACCACUAGUACAGAUGACCCGUUUACACAUGGCUUCCCUCGGAAGCCCUCGUCGACAGUAGCUGGUGCGAAAGACGAGGUCAGUAGAGUUGGAAAAGCUUUAUAACCGGUGUGUCAUAUGCUUGCUAUUUAAAGCUGUGUGUUGAUUUUGUUUUUCUGCCACAUUCACUAGUUUUUUAAUAAAUAUUUUCCAAAAAUGGA